AUGAUAAGCAACAGUUGUUUGCCAAAGCAUCAUCAAUUAGCCGGCAGGACAUUGAACAAACAUUCCACAAAGAUGAGCACCCCGAAAGUUCCCUAUGUUACCCAUAAUAAUGGCAGCAAAAUGCAAGCAAUCGGAUUGGGCACCUAUACUUCAUUGGGUGGUGAUUGCGAACGUGCUGUACGCGAUGCAAUUGAUGUUGGCUAUAGACACAUCGACACCGCAUAUUUCUAUGAAAAUGAACAUGAGGUUGGAAAAGCCGUGAAAGACAAAAUUGCCGAGGGUGUCAUCAAACGAGAAGAUAUUUUCAUCGUUUCAAAGCUAUGGUGUCAUUUUCAUGAACCUGAACGUGUUGAAUACGCAUGUCGCAAAUCGUUGGCAAACUUUGGUUUGGAUUAUAUUGAUUUAUAUUUAAUGCAUUGGCCCUAUUCGUACGUUUAUCGUGGUGAUGAUGUUAUGAUGCCAACCAAUGCCAAAGGUGAUGUUGAAUUAAGUGAUGUCGAUUAUUUGGACACCUGGAGAGCUAUGGAAAAACUGCUAGAAAAAGGUUUGGUCAAGAAUAUUGGUGUAUCUAAUUUCAAUUCGGAGCAAUUAGCCCGCCUAUUGGCUAAUUGCAAAAUCAAACCAAUUCAUAAUCAAAUUGAAUGUCAUCCCGGUUUAAAUCAAAAGUCGUUAAUUGCUCUCUGCAAAAAACAUGAUAUUGUUGUAACGGCCUAUUGUCCACUCGGAAGACCAGAACCAGCCAAAAAAUUACCCGUUUAUUUAUUCGACGAUAAAGUAAAGGCAAUUGGUGAAAAAUAUAACAAAAGUCCCGCACAGGUGGUAUUGAGAUAUUUGAUUGAACUUGGUGCUGUUCCCAUUCCAAAGUCCGUUAAUAAAAAUCGUAUCGUUGAAAAUUUUAAUGUUUUCGACUUUAAACUUUCUCCUGAAGAUCAUAAGAUAAUGGAUUCAUAUAAUACCGGUGAUCGUUUGAUUCCCAUGGAGCAUGCUAAAAAGAGCCCUCACUAUCCAUUCAAUAUUGAGUAUUGAAAACAA